GUUUGUUUGUGAAAGUUUGUCGAAAUGCACUAAUUCACUCGGACUUUCAGCAGUCAGCCAGUCUAGUUUGAGGAAUUGGGACUUAACAAUGUCUACCUUUAUGCUGGUUGUGGGUGCUGUCAUAGGAGUUGCUUACAUUUACCGUCAUGUGGUGGUUAAGGGAAAGCGGUGCACAAGUGAAGCAAAGCUGCAUGGGAAAACUGUGAUUGUGACCGGCAGCAACACAGGCAUUGGUAAAACUACAGCCAUAGAUCUGGCCAAAAGAGGAGCGAGAGUGAUUCUGGCCUGUCGCAGUAAGCUGAGAGGAGAAGCUGCCCUAGAGGAAGUCAAGAACAAGAGUGGCAGUAAUCAAGUGGUGUUCAUGCCUUUGGAUCUGGGGAGUCUCCAGUCUGUUCGAAGCUUUGCUGAAACCUUCCUGAAGUCUGAACCCAGACUGGACAUCCUCAUCAACAAUGCAGGUAUUUUCCUGCAGGGUCGAACAGAGGACGGACUUGGGAUGAUGUUUGGCGUCAACCACAUUGGUCACUUCCUAUUAACCAACCUGUUGCUGGACCGGCUGAAAGAGUGUGGAUCUAGUAGGGUGGUGAACGUGUCAUCUAUGGCACACAACUUUGGAAAAAUUGAUUUUGACUGCCUGAACACCCACAAAGCUCUGGGACUGGGGACCUCAUUCAUGCAGCAGCUGCAGGUCUACUCUGAUAGCAAGCUGUGCAACAUUCUCUUCACCCAUGAGCUGGCCAAGAGACUGCAGGAAACCAAGGUCACCUGCUAUUCCCUCCAUCCGGGUGCAAUCAACACUGAACUGACAAGAAACACCGACUCUCUAAUCAAAAUGCUCCUGAAGCCCCUGACUUUGUUUUUCUUCAAAAACACUGAUCAGGGAGCCCAGACCACCCUGCACUGUGCUGUUCAGGAGGGGAUCGAACUCUUCCAUGGACGUUACUUCUCCAACUGCAGUGUGAAACAGGUCUAUGCCAAAGCCAAGGAUGACGCUGCAGCAAAGAAGCUGUGGGAGCUCAGUGAAAGACUGUCUGGUCUGGCAUAAAAUGCUUUCCUCAAAAUCCCUUCGAUUCGGUUGUUAAUUAUCUGUUAAUAUUAAUUGUGUUAGAUGGUGUAGUAUUUCCUUGGCUGUAAUUCCCCCGGUGGUGUUAUUAGUAAUCUUCCCAUUUUUCCCGUAAAGAGGUGUGUUAUCAAAGAUACGGGGGUCAGAGAUUAUGUAACAGAAAUGUUAAAUUUGUAAUAAAUAAAUAAAUAAUAAUAAAGAUUUUAAUUAGAUUCAAUAAUUAUUAAUAGAUAAACAUACCGACACAAUAUAACUAAAACAUCAUAAAUAACAUACAAGAGGACCUUUUUUUUCAUAGAAAAAGAAUUUCAUUAUUUCAAUUGAUGAUAAAUGAACACUAACUUAUUUAAAUAACUAGUAUGGUAAUAGUAUGACAGGUUUCUGGUGUCUGGUUUAAAGUUGGCUCAGGUGUGUUCGAAAAGGGUGAACAGGUAUUACACCAACCAGUAUAUACCAAUGUAAGACAAAUCAGUUUAUUGAAUCAGCCAAAACCACAGCCACUUCAGUUUAGUACUCAUGAAUGAUGGUUGUUUCUUCAGAAAUAAUUAUUGCCACUUUUAAUGCCUAAGAAAACAAGUUUUCAAGAGCUUUAAUGGAUCAUCAAAUCAGCGCAGUUUGUUCUCAGUACUAGCCUUCAUUGCAUCUGCACUUUGGGAAUUCAACAGCUUUGCUAACAUAGUUCUGCUCACAAGUUAAACCAGCAUUCAUAGUAUUCAUAUUUCAAUUACCUUUGAGUAUUUUCUGUUUUGAUUGGGCCAAUAAAAAUUAACAUAAUUUGUAAAAAAUACUUUUUUAGUAUUUGAGUAAUUUUCUAUUUAAAAUGCAAAAUACUUCCUCCACAAAUCUCAAAAAAGCUGACGGUGCCAGGUGGAGGCGUAAUUGGCCUCAGCUGCAGUCAAUGUCAUGAAUUGUGAGUCUUCUUGUACUUGAGCAGUAGUGGAGAGAAUGGAUCUGGACGACUGCUGCAACUUUGUUAAAUAAAGAUGUCCAUUUGUUAGAAAAAACAAUAAAGUAUUCUUAGUUGUA